AUCCCUUCUCCUCUACCGCCGCCGCAGCCGCCAAGACAAUCAACUGCGAAGCCAACUCUGAUUGCCGCCUGCACCAUCUUCGACUUGUAGUUGCGGGUGGAGGGCCAAUGGCAACGCCUUUGAAAGGAGUCGAAGGAACCAGAGUGGCAAGAAAUCCAGAAAAUAUUUACCUUCCCCCGAUGGCGCGUACAGCACAAGAAGGCGACGAGCAAGGAGGAACAAGUUCAACGCGUUCACUGUCUGGUUCGACGAGAAAGCGUCCGAAGCAUUACCUUUACCUUGUCUUUGAUGACUGGUCGUACGGAUAUAGCAUCCGCAGGAUAAACUUGUUUCCCGACUCUCGCCGCCGUAAGCAGACUGCUUUCUCAGCACGAGCAGAUGUGCAGUGCCUGCCUCCGGCUCUCUUCCGCUUGGAGGCAGCGCAUGGAUCGCUGGAGUACUUUGCGUCAGCCUUUGGCACCAGGAUCUUGGCGAUGCAUACCAGGGAUCCCGGAGGCAAGAGAUUGUUGGCCGGGACCUUCGUUCCCAUGUUGGACGUCUCCUCGCUGAGCAUGACCUUUUGCCCUGGCCAGGAAUAUCCGAUUAAUCCCAUUUAUCUCUCCGCCGGCAAUAAGCUAUUCUGCCUGAGCGAAGCCUCCUUCGAGAUGCUCCAAUGGGAGCCUCUCUGCCCGCCGCCGCUGGGUCGACGUCGCAAAAAGGAGUGGUCGUGGCAACGGCUCGAGGAUCCGCCAUUCAGAAAAUAUAUGGUCACUUCCUACGCUGUGGAUGUGAACCCUGAAGCAUGCACCUUCCUCGUCAGCACCAAGUACGGCACCUUCUCCUAUCACACGGCACGGAAUCGGUGGUCCCAGGUUGGCAGUUGGGUGCUGCCCUUUGACGGCCGUGGUCACUUUGACACGCACCUCGUGGCCUUUGUUGGGCUCUCCAAACACAAGCACACCCUCGGCCAACUCUACUCCUGCCAAUUCAACGCCGGGGGUGACCCCACCAUUAAGCUUGGCAAGGAGAAGCUGUUCAGCCAGGACCCAACUGAGAGGCAUGUAGGUGCCACCCUCGUUUACCUGGGACCAGUCUACAUGGAACAAGACUUCACGGGCCGGACAAAAUUCUGCCUUGUAGAGUGCGUCGCCAUUGAGGGCGACGGUGCUGGUCAGGAGCUGAAGGAAGAGCGAGAUGUGAGCCGAUCCGGUUACAGUGCUGAUCAGGAGGUUAAGGUAGAGGCAGAUGUGGCUGAUCAGGAGGUCAAGGAAGAGGCAGAUGUGGCUGGUCAGGGGCUCCAGGAAGGGCGAGAUGUGAGCCAAUCUGGUUACAGUGCUGAUCAGGAACUCAAGGAAGAGGCAGAUGUGGCUGAUCAGGCGCUCAAGGAAAAGGGAGUUGUGAGCUGGCCUGGAUGCUCUACUGAAGAUGACAGUGCUGUUCAGGAGUUCAAUGAACAGCGAGAUGCAUGGCCACCGGGUUGCUCUCUGUAUCGUUUGACCACAUUCUCGCUCAGCUAUGACAACAAAGGAGACCUGACGACUGCCAAUAGCCAUCGGGUGCAAUACUACAAAGUGCCUGAAGCAAUCACUAAGUCGUACCUAGUUGAAGAUCCUGUGGCAUUUUGCAUGUAAAAUGCGUUGUUUACAUUUCCGCUCGGUAGCUACUUCUGUGCCUUUCUAUGUUUUAAUAAUGGGAUCCAGUUAAUGUAUUGCCUUCUUA